UUGGCUCCCGAGGACAGCGUUAUAUCAGGGUAGAGGUGUAGUGUAUUAAAAAAACCCUAAUAAAACUGCAGCCAACUGUUGAGUUGGGCAGUUUAUAUUUUGUAUGAGUGCUAAGGGUAGAUUGAUACACAAAGAUAAAUUGAGAGUGCUUUUCAUUUCCUGAGAAUCACAUAAAGGAGACUCCAUAAUUUAUCAGUUAAAUAAUAAUACUGUUGGAAGAGAGAAGGUGAAUGAGGUAAUAUCUUUUAUUGUACACCUGCUGGGGGUGGAAUAGACAAGUUUUUGAGCUACCCAGAGUUCUUCUUCAGGUCUGUGUGGCCAUGAAUGACAGCUUGGGAAACAAGCAGUUAAGGCUGAAACGUUGCUUUGUUUUGUCUGAACUCUGAAUUGGGAAGGGCAUGUCUCCCUUACCACGGCAGUUUUAUCAGUUUGCAUCUCAGCCAGAAUGUGGUAUAUUCCCAGUGAAAAUGUACAGCCAAACUUGCAUGUUUCUUUUCAAAACAUAUGGCCUAUGGGGGUGUAUGUAAGGUGACUAGGCAGACUGACUUUGGAGGUUGAUGAUGCUAAUUAUUUUAUGCCCUGGUUCCAGUACAGCAAGCCAUUUGGCUGACCUCCCCUGUUCCCUGGCACUCUGCCACCCCACUAAAACUGCUGGUGCCAAGAUGAAUCUUACGCCCAUCUGCAACUGGCUCCCAACACAGAGUCUCCCUAAUGAAUUGUCAUAUAUUCUGCCAUGUAUUGGAGUCUGGGGUUGCUCAUAGCCCAGAGCGUGCCAAUGUGAGAGUCUGGGAUCUGAAGUGUUAAAGGUUUUACUGUAUGUCAGAGCGUGCAGUAAAUCAUUUGAUAGGUGCCAGAGUCCUAGAAAAAGGCAGCUGGGACCAAAAUUCAUCUCCGGAGGGAGAGUAAAGAUAUUGGGGGGGAAGAAAUAAAGAUCUAAAGCAUGGGGGAAAUGCUGCUGAAAAGCAGUGGAGGGUCAGGAGAGUGGGAGAAUGUUAUGAACAGCCUGCUCUGAUUGGAGACAAUUACUGCCAAAUCCUCUUGUCCUGCUUGAAGGCUUCUCUUAACUACCAAAUCCUUCCACACCUCACCCCCUUUGACUAUAUUUAGAGCAGUCCAGGUUUUCUGUUUUGAAGGUUGGGUCAUGCUAAUUGUGCAACUGCUGUGUAUCAGGUCGGUUACUUUUGUAAGAGCCUGUUUUAAAUUGAACUACAACUCCCAGCAUACACUGGGAUAACAUUCUCACCUAAUCAUGAGAUCAUUUCCUAUAUUACCAUCUUGUCAACCAAGUCCAAAACAUUUCCUGGUGAACAAGGAAAGAUUAGGGAGCUAAGGUGAGCAGUCUAAAAAUAACUCUGGAGAAUAUGGCCAGCAGUGCCGCAACCACAGAGACCCCCCAACUAAACCCUGUGAUUGAGCCUCUGUCCUGGAUGCUGGGCACCUGGCUGUCAGACCCACCGGGAGAUGGUGACUUCCCUAUGAUGAAGCCCUUUCAGUACCUGGAAGAGGUGCGCAUCUCUCACGUGGGGCAGCCCAUGCUGAACUUUUCGUUUAAUGCUUUCCAUCCAGACACCAGGAAGCCAAUGCACAGAGAAUGUGGAUUCAUCCGCCUCAAACCUGACACUAACAAGGUGGCCUUCAUCAGUGCCCAGAACACAGGUCUUGUGGAGGUGGAGGAAGGAGAGGUGAACGGACAGGAGCUGUCUAUAGCUUCUCACUCUAUAGCCAGGAUCUCCUUUGCCAAGAAGCCCCAUGUGGAGCAGAUUACCAGAAAAUUUAGGCUCAAUUCCGAUGGGAAACUAGAACAGACCGUCUCCAUGGCAACCACUGCGCAGCCAAUGACUCAGCACCUUCACAUUACCUACAAAAAGGUGACACCUUAAAAAUAGGAGAGUAGGGUUUCCCCGCAGAAAAGGCGGAGCCUGGAGCCUAAGGACAGAAGCCUAUCUUGGUGAUCCACAUUCACACCUGAUUACAGGAGGGGGAGGCUGGUGAGCUACACAUGCUGUUGGGAAUGUUAUGCAGUUGUUUCUGUAACGGUAUAUAUAAAAAACAAAUAAAAAGCCUUUAUUUUUA